AUGACCUCACGUGCUCCAUAUUCCACAAUUCCUUUGUCGGUCAACCAAGAGUCUUACGCAACACGCGCUAACUAUGGGCUUCGACAAAGAACACUUUCAGAGCGUGCAUCUCAAGUCGUAGAACAAGCAGAGAUUUUUUUGACUCCUUUGGGUCCCUACAUGCCCAUUUUGGGUCGGUUCCUUAUCGUUGCUACGUAUUUCGAAGAUGCAAUUCGAAUUGUUACACAGUGGCCCGACCAGGUCUCUUAUAUGCGCGACUACCGCCGCUUCCGUUUUGGAACUGCCCCCUUGUUGCUUUUCCUAUGUGUAGUCCUCAUGUUUGUUGGUUCGACAAUGGUGGUAUUUAGAAAGCGUCAAGCUUAUGCUAUCGGCUCUUUAUUGUUUGUGACCCUUUUGCAAGCCUUCGCUUAUGGCCUACUUAGCAGUGGUGAGAUGUUCUUCCGAAACGUCAGUGUCAUUGGCGGUCUUUGUCUCGUAGCUAGCGACACCUUUAUCCAUCGCCGUCUUAAUCGGUUUGCUGGUUUGCCAGCUGUUUCGGAGCACAAUAAACGCACUUAUUUCCAACUUGGUGGUCGUGUUUUGCUUAUUUUUAUGUUUAUCGGCCUUUUAGCCAAGGAAGGAAGUGGCAUCACCUACACCCGUAUUUUUGUUCAUUUACUCUCCGUAACCGCUUGUACAAUGGUUGUCAUCGGCUUUAAGGCUAAAUACUUUGCAGCUAUAUUGGUUUUAAUUCUUUCAGUCUCCAACUUUAUUAUUAACAGUUUUUGGUCCAUUUCCAAAAACAGCCCUCAUCGUGAUUUUUACCGUUAUGACUUCUUUCAAACGCUUUCUAUUAUUGGUGGUUUGUUGUAUCUCGUAAACACUGGUCCUGGUAAGUUUUCUGUUGAUGAAAAGAAAAAGAUAUAUUAG